CCUUAACCACACUUCGGUUCUCUCGUCUAGUCUAAAAAGGUUUACUAUAUGCGAAUAGCGAGGCAGCAGCGGCAGGUGGUGGAUACGACGACGAUGGAGCAUGACGUGCAACACCACCACCGCCACCACGGCGUUCAGCGGCAGAUGAUGCAGCAGCGGCAGCAGGAGGAGGGGGAGGACAUGGACCUGCCGCCGGGCUUCCGGUUCCACCCGACCGACGAGGAGCUCAUCACGCACUACCUCCUCCGCAAGGCCGCCGACCCGCGCUUCGCCGCGCGAGCCGUCGGCGAGGCCGACCUCAACAAGUGCGAGCCAUGGGACCUGCCGUCGAGGGCGACGAUGGGGGAGAAGGAAUGGUACUUCUUCUGCGUGAAGGACCGCAAGUACCCGACGGGGCUGAGGACGAACAGGGCGACGGAGUCCGGGUACUGGAAGGCGACGGGCAAGGACAGGGAGAUCUUCAGGGGGAAGGCCCUGGUCGGCAUGAAAAAAACGCUCGUCUUCUACACCGGGAGGGCGCCCCGGGGCGGCAAGACCGGAUGGGUCAUGCACGAGUACCGCAUCCACGGCAAGCAUGCCACCGCCGUCGUCACGUCUAGGGAGGAGUGGGUGCUGUGCAGGGUGUUCAGGAAGAGCCUCGAGCCGGCGGCAGCCGGAAGGCGAGGCGCGGCCGCGGGGACCGCGGUGGCGGACGUGGGACCGUCGUCCGUGUCGAUGCCCGUGGAGGACGUCGUCGUCGGCCUCGCCCCGUACGCGCUCCCGCCGCUGAUGGACGUGUCUGGCGGCGGCGGCUGCACCGCGCUGGCGGCGGCGGGGGCAUCCGUCGCGCCGUCGCCGCCGCCGGCACACGUGACCUGCUUCUCCAACGCGCUGGAGGGCCAGUUCCUGAACCCACCGUACCUCCUCCCCACGGCCGAUCCCACGACGGCGAUGGCGCAGGGCGCCAUCGCGGGCGCCGAUCACCUCGCCAUGUCCUCCCGCUCGCCGUUCUUGGAGAGCAUACAGAUGCAGUACGCCCAGGACGCCGUUGCCGGAGGCAUGGUGCACGAGCUCCUGAUGGGCGGCGGCGGCGGCGGCGACUGGUACUGCAACAAGCGCGAGAGAGAGAGGCUGAGCGGCGCCUCGCAGGACACCGGCCUCACCUCGGAUGUGAACCCCGGCGAGAUCUCCUCGUCGCGGCAGCAACACAUGGAUCACGACGCGUCCCUUUGGGCCUAUUGAAAAUAUUCAUCAUUGAAAAUUGCAUUAGUAUUGUUAUUGUUGGUCACCGUUUGUUAAUUAUAUGUGCUGUAAUAUUGUUACUGAAGAAAAGAACAUCACGGGAGAACCAAGUCUGUAUGAUGUAGAUUAAUUACAUAAGUUGUGAAAUAGAAAUAUUCUUGAACUCAAGUGAAUGUAAGUGCCGCUCUUUUUUUUUUUUGAAGAAUAAUGUUAGUACUGCUCAACCUGCCAUGUUUGGAAUGCUAGCAGUAAAUACCAACAUCAAUCCU